AUGGAGGCUGCUAUUAUGCGAGAUUCUGAGAACCUAGUUGAGAAGGAACAAUUAGAUCAUUCAAAGUGCUGUAUUUUGCAGGUCAGCGACCUCAUUUCGAACCAGUUGCAUGUGGACAAGGAUCAUGCUCGACAACCCGUGGAGCCAUUGCACAAAAAUAACCAGCAUUUCGAAGAUGACCCAUAUGCGUAUGCACAUCCACAUAUGAUCGUGCACGGUAGUGUGCAAGCGAUUCGCGACACGUAUGUCACGGUGAAACAACACAACUCUGAAUCUGCGGAUUGUGCAAAACAGCCCUCCAAGAAGCCACUAUGGUCUCUCGAUACCAUCAAUAUCCCAUACACGCAUCUCAUCUACGCACUAGGCUCACACAUGCCAGAUCCCUUACGGCGCGACUCAGUCUCUAAGCAACAUGGUGUCGAAUGGAUGCAGCGCAACCAGCAGCGCAUUCGCGAGAGUCACGACGUUGUGAUCAUUGGUGGUGGCGCUUUGGGGGUGGAAAUGGCAUGUGAUAUCGCAAGCUUAUACAAGCAGAAAGGAGAGCCGAAGAAUGUGACGCUUAUCCACUCUCGCAAACAAUUGCUCCCCAUCUUUGAUCCACGCAUCCAUGAAGUGGCGUACAAGCACCUAAAAGACCUAGGUGUUAAUGUCGUGCUGGGGCACCGCUUGGCUACGGCUGAAGGCUGUCCAUUGGGUAGCACGGUGCGCAAAGUGGCGACGACUGAUCCAUCGAACGUGAGUAAGGAUGCUAUGGAGGCCGUUGCCGGCUCGUCUCGCCAGCGCAUCCGCACAACCCUGGGUCUCGAGUUGGAAUGCGACUUGUUGCUGAUGUGCACGGGACAGCAGCCGAAUUCUGAGAUCAUGGCCGAAUUUUCACCCGCGAGCGUAAAUCCCAGCACGCGCCUUGUGCGCGUGCUUCCAAGUUUGCAAGUCAUGAUAUCUGAAGAUGAAGAAGCCACGUCUCAGCCAUUUUCUGUUGUACCACCUUGUGUCGAUUGUGAUUGUUUUUUGGAUAGGAAGGCAGAGGGUGCAAGCCGCACGUUCGAUGAAAAUGGCGUGAUCCCGCCACACUUUCAAAAUAUCUAUGCAAUUGGCGAUGUUGCCGAUGCUUUUGGUGCGUUGAAUGCCGGCUUUCAGGCUUGGUUCAUGGCAGAUAUCGCUGCAGAGAAUAUAUUGCGCGAUAUUCUGCACGUGAAAUCAACGACAGAUCCGGAGAAUAACAAGCUUGAUGAUUCUGAGCCGGUACCACUCACGUCGUUCAAGCCUGGACCGCCGCUUCUGAAGUUGGCUCUUGGACUCCAUAAGCUUGUUACGCAAGGAGCACCUGAGCCUGACGAGUCAUUGCCAGGGAAACCAAUUCGACCGACGAUUGCUGUGAAGGAGGACUCUGAGGAUAUGGAUAUUGAACUGACAUGGAAGUACAUGGCUUUAGCCGACCCAUCAAAUAUGCACGCAUAG